UUGCGGUUGUUGUUGUUAUUACGGUUGACGUUGUCAAAGAAGUUGCGGUGCUAGUUACAGCGCUCUUUGGCUGCAGAGACAUCGAUGGUAGCGAUGGGGAGCAAGAUCACGCUCUCUCGCUCUCUACGUUUAAGAAUUCGGUCAAGUUUGGGGUAAUUGACCGUGUUUGUGAUGAGCUUGCAUUACUUUCGGUUGCUUUGAAAGUGAAGUAAGCGUUGUUUCUUUGUACUGAGAGCCGUCUCUCGUCUUCCUCACGUUGACGUUGUGUGCGAACGUCGUUUAGACUCAUUGCAAUCGAGGUUGAGAUUGUUCGAGUUUUAAGUAUAUCACUUAAUUAAUUAAUUAAUCAAUAUAAACAUUUUCGAUUUCAUCACUAAAAGCGUCUUUUCGCGUUGUUGUUGAUUUACGAAACCAGUCACUGCACUUUUUGAUAUUAUUGAAUACUUUUUUCCCGGAGCACAGUAAAUACACGUCUGCAUGCGACGACGAUUCGAUUUAACGUUAAAUAGAAUAGAAUUAAACCCCCGUAUUGCCAGGUGGGCAUUAGAACUGCUUGAAUACGAUUUUGAAUUAGUACAUAAAGCAGGUAAGCAUAUGCAGCAUGUAGAUGCGUUAAGUAGGAACACAAAUAUUCUAAUAGUAGAAACAAAUAGUUUCGAAGAACGGAAGUGGAGUGCUGGAGAAAGUUUUGGAAGUUAUGUUGAUGACAAGGUGAUGCUGGCUCAGGGCAUAAAUAUAGACGCUGAAGAACUACUGAGCGUAGUCAUCGAGGGCAUUCCCAACAUAGGGCUGCGUAUUCAGGCACAAAUUCAAUGCUUCGACGAUGUUAAGCAGUUGAAACGUGCAUUUGCUGAUUUUGGAUUACCCAAACCGUACGGAGCUAAGAAGGAGGCGACUUCGUUGCAGAGCAAGGACAACAAUAUUAUGCGCUGCUUUAACUGCAACGCUAGAGGACACUGGGCGAAGGACUGCAGGAAACCAAAGCGGGAGAAAGGAUCGUGCUACGCAUGCGGUGAGAUGGGGCACUUUGUGGCGCAGUGCCUGAAGAACAAAACUAAAGGUGUGGGCGACAACAAUUAUAAUGCCUCAUAGAUACAGGAAGCCCAAUUUCGUUCAUCAAAAUUUCAAAAGUACCGAAAGAUGUUUGCAAGCUACCAGUUUUAAGUUUAUAUCAUGGAUUAAACAAAAGUUAUUUAGAAACGUAUGGAAAAAUAUUAUGUUAUGUCUUAAAGAAUUUAAAUAAAAUACAUUUUCAUUUGGUUAUUGUGGCAAACAAAUCUAUGAGUCGUGAUGUAAUCCUAGGUAGAGAUUUUAUGGAAGCAUGCGAUUUAAAAUUGACUCUGGACACUUUGAAAAUGGUUACGUUGGAGAAAGUUGAAAAGCAGAUAAUUAGUAAUGUUAGAAAUCAAAAGCAGAUAGUUUGUGAUAUUAGUAAUGAGAAGCAGAUAGUUAGUGAUGUUAGUAAUGAAAGUCAGAUAGUUAGUGAUGUUAGUAGUAAAAAUCAGAUAGUUAGAAAUAAUUUAAGUAAAAUUGGAGAAGAAAAUUAUUUAGUUAGUGAUGUUAGAAGAAUUACGAAUGGGGAAAACGCUAGUAAUCAAAAUUAUACUAUGGACGAGAUUAUGUUAAAAAAUACUAAGGAAUCGGAAAUAAAUAUAGUGGAAAAGGAAUUAUUUAAUAUUAAUAUAGAAGAUAAAUCUCUUGAAUAUGAAAUUGGAAAUCAAGUGGACUAUAAUGUUAGGCGACAAUAUAUCAAAAUGGUAGAACGUUGUUAUGUAAAUAAAGAAAGGCCAAAGGAACCAAAGAUUAGAUGUGAAAUAAAACUGAGGUUGGAAGAUUCGAAACCCUUUAGUUGUUCGCCCAGACGAUUAGCUUACACAGAAAAAGAAAAAAAGCAGAUCAUAUUAGAUGUAUUGUUAGAGAAAGGAAUUAUUAGAUCCAGUGAAUCGGAGUAGGCAUCUCCAAUACUGUUAGUGAAAAAGAAAUCAGGAGAUCUAAGGUUAUGUGUGGAUUAUAGAUGAUUUAUUAGAUAAAUUAGUAAAUAAAAAAAUAUUUUCAAAAUUAGAUCUUAAGCAUGGAUACUUUCAUGUGUUUGUUGAAAAGGAAUCAAUUAAAUACACCUCAUUUAUGA